CCCUGAAGAUUGCAGCCAGGCCCGACCCUGCACUCACCCCGUGCGUGAGUACUGUUUGAGGCGAAUCUCAAUCAUGUCGGGCCGAGGAAAGCAGGGAGGUAAGGUGCGGGCUAAGGCGAAGUCUCGCUCCUCGCGGGCUGGGCUGCAGUUCCCGGUGGGCCGUGUGCACCGGCUGCUCCGCAAAGGCAAUUAUGCGGAGCGGGUGGGGGCUGGCGCCCCGGUCUAUAUGGCCGCGGUGCUGGAGUAUCUGACCGCUGAGAUUCUGGAGCUGGCCGGCAACGCGGCUCGGGACAACAAGAAAACCAGGAUCAUCCCCCGUCACCUGCAGCUCGCCAUCCGAAACGACGAAGAGCUCAACAAGCUGUUGGGGAAAGUCACGAUCGCUCAAGGGGGUGUCCUGCCCAACAUCCAGGCCGUGCUGCUGCCCAAGAAAACCGAGAGCCACAAGGCCAAGAGCAAGUAAAACCCGACGAACAAGAAACCGGAAUCUUUACUCCAAAAAACACACCAACCCAAAGGCUCUUUUCAGAGCCACUCACAAAAGUAAAAAAAAAGAACUGUUAUCGCUCACUUCCAUAAUAGUAAACAAUAUGUUCAUAGAAAA